AUGUCAACAGAAUUGGAUAGCUUAAAAUCAGAAGUUAAUGAGUAAAAGAAUUUAAUAAUUUCUAGUUUAAAAGAAAUGGUAGAAAUGCUUGAAAGUGAUAAUUAAAGCAAGGAUGAUGAAAUAAAACUGAUUAAAGCAAAUCUCCAAAAAAAAGAUUAAGAAAUUUCAUCUCUUAAAAUUAAACUAGCAGGAAUGGAUUAGAAUAAUAAUUAGACUGAUCAUAAUUAAAAUUAAAUAGAGCAAUUUUAAAGUUAGAUUGUUUUACUUUAAUAAUAAUUAUCUGAACUAAAGUAAAAAAUAUAGAAUAAAUUAGAAAUUAAUUAGAUGAUAAGAAUUUGGAAAUUGAAGUAUUAAAACAUGAUCAUUAAGAAGAAUUGAAUAAUUUGAUUAAUUAGAAGAAAGAAACAUUAGAAAAUAAUCAAAAUGAUGGAGAAAUUGAAAAAUUAUAAAACAUAAUUUCUUAACUACAAUAAGAUAAAAGUGAAUUAACAAUAUAGUAUUAUUUAUUAAUAUAAAGGUAUAAUAAAGAAAUAGAUUAAAUGAAAAUAUAGAUAGAGCAAUCUCAAAUAUAAAAUUAAGAGAUAUUAUUAAAUUCUUAAGUAUUUAUAAAUUUAAUUGCAAUAUAGAAAAUUGAGUCCAAAAACAAUGAAAGUAAUGAAGAUUUAAUAUAGAAGCAAUAAAUUGAAGUAAAUAAUUAAAAUUAAUAAGAUUUAACAAUUACAAUAAAGGAUUGAAUAGUUAUCAAAUUAAUUAGAAAGUUAAGAAUAAGAAAAACUUAAAUUAGAAGCUGAUAUUGAUGAAUUAAAAUAGAAUUAACAAAAUUAGGUUGAUAAUAUUGGUACUCUUUUAAAUCCAAUGGAUUCAUUAUAAAGUGAAUAGAACUCAUAAAAUAAUGAAGAAAUUGAAUAGAUGUAGAAUAUGAUAAUGGAAUUAUAAAAAGAUGAUGAAAAUAAUAAAACAAAAAUAGAAAUAUAAAAAGAUGAAAUUAAAUAAUUAAAAUAGUAAUUGCAAUAAUUAAAUCAAAUAAAUUAGGAAUUAUAAUUAGAUAUUGAAUAGAAAAAUAUAGAAAUCAGUGAAGCAUCAGCAAAAAUAUCUUCACUUGAAGAGGAAUUAGUUACUUUUGAAUAAAAAUAUGCUGAUGUUAUUUAAAAUAGAUAAAAAUUAUCAACUGAAUAUUAAUUAGCUUAAUAAACUCUAUAAUAAUUUGAUUUAUUGUAAUAAGAUAAUGUUUAGCUUUAAAUGUUACUAAAUUCAAAGACUGAAGAAUUAGAAGAAUUAAAAAUUAAUAAUAAAUUUGAGACUUAAUAUUUAGAAUUAAAAGAGGAUUUUGAAUAAUUUAAGGAAUAUGUACAAGAAUAAUUGUAAUAAAAAGAUGAAGCAUUAGCAGAAUAAGGUUAAUUAUUAAUUGAUUAUGAAUUAUGCAAAGAAUAAUUAAUUAUGCUUAAUUAAUAAUGUUAAUUAUUAUAAGAAUAAUUAAAUAAAUAAAAAGAAAAUAAUGAAUAACUUUAAGAUCAAUAUCAACUUAGUUUAUAAGAAAUAUAAUAAAUUAAUAAUAAUAAUUUAUAAUUUUAGGAUAUUCAAUCAUAGAAUUAAUUUUUAAAAUAAGAAAUUGAAACAUUAAAAUCUGAUAACAUAUCAAAAUAAGAGAUUAUUGCAGAUUUGGAAACAUAACUUAAAAUUUAAUAAUAGCUUGGAGAGGAAUCUCCAUUAAAAUUAUAAAAAUUAUAAUCAGAAUAUUCUGAAAAUAGAACUGAAUAUCUAAAUUAUAAAGAAUAAUGUUAAAGAGAAAUUCAUUAAUAUAAAUAAGAAAGAUCAUAAUUUUAAUCUGAAAUAUAAAACAUGAAAGAUAUGAUUAAUGCAUUUAUAUCUUAAAAUAAAUAGUAUCAACCUUAAGGAAAUACAGCAGAAGAAUAUUAUUAAAAAUUAAUUGAUUUUACAUCUGAUGAUAAAUUUGUUAAUUUAGAGUAAGAAUAUAAAUUUAAUAUAAUUAUAGAGAAGAAUUGAUUAUAUUAAAACAAUAAUUGGAAAUAUUUUAAAAUAAGAUUUUUGUUGAUUAAUAAUGUUAAAUUAAACCUGAAUUAAAUGAUUAAGAAAAUAGUACUAACUAAAUUGAAUUAUUGGAAAAGAGUACACAGUCAGAAUAAGUGGAAGGCAGCUUAUCUGGAUCUAUGUGGUUGAAUAAUGAUGUAUCCAAUUUAAAAGAUGAUUAAUAUUAAUAAAUGAAGUACUUUAAUUAUUAAUAUAUUAAGGAAAAAGAAUGAGGAUCUUGAUUCAUUAUUGAAAAAUUAUGAAAAAGAAGUUUCAAGUUUAAAAUAAUAAAAUAAACUAUUAUAAAAGAAAAUGGAAUCUAAUUAAAAAUCAAAUCCAUAGGAAAGAUUAGGAAAAAGAGUUAGUUUAUUUGAGUAAACUUAACCAAGAAAAUCAAAAUAAUUUCAGUAUUAGAAUUAUUGAAUAUUAGAUUAAAUUUAUGUGAAUCAUAAUAACUAGAUGAUUAAUAAAGAGAAAAUGUAUUUAUGAAAGAGUUAAUAGAAAAUUUAAAAAAAGAUAUUAAAUAAUUGUAAUUAUAAAAUGAUGAUCUUAUACAUUAAUUAAAUGAUAUGAAAUAACUAUAAGAAAAACAUUAAGAAGAAUAAAAUCAAUUAGAAGAAUAACUUCAAUCUUAAAUUUUACUAAAUUAAACAAGAAAUAAAAGUGUUGAUAAUAAUUAAACAAUAAUAUCUUAAAUCAACACUACAACUAUGAUUUAAUUGAAUUAAAUUGAACUAUUUUUGGUUGUAAAAUCAAUUAAGAACUUUUAAUUUCCAUAUAUAGAAUUUAAUAGAAAGUAUAAUAAUUAUAUUAUUAUUUAAAGAUAAAUUAAAUUUUAUUCUUAAGGUAAAACAAGAAUUGAAAAAUAAAUUUAUGAAACAUUCACAUUUGAUGAUGUAUUUCUUGAUAUUCAAAAAGUGAGACAAUAUUUUUAAUUUUAUGGCAAAAUAAGUUUAGAUUAAAGUAGAAUGUUUCUUAUUGUUGGUUAAUCAAGUAUUUAUUUAUAUAUAUUUCAAUUAGAAACAUAAAAGAAAUAUUUAUUAUUAAUGUUUCUUGAUUUAUAUUAUAAUUAUAUAAAAGAAUAAAAGCUAAAGUAAAAUUAUAAACUUAGAUUAUAAAUUUAAUAUUAAGAAAGAAUAGGAAAUAAUUGGUCAACUCUAGAUUAAUUGAGUAAAGAUUUAGAAAUAGAUAAUGAAAACUUAAAUUCAAAUUUAUAAUAAUUGGAAUUAACUAUUUAAAAUAUUAAGUUUUAUUUGUAUGGUAAAAAUCAAUAAGCAAAGAUUUUAGGGAAAGAAAAAAUAAGAUAAUUAACAAUAACUUACAGUAUCUUAUUUAAAGAUUAAAUUUACACAUAAUAAUUUAUAAUAACCACUAUUCCUAUUGUUCCUAGAUGUUAAUUUCCUAAAUUUCUAAGAAAAAUUUGCAAUCACUCACCAACAUUAUAAUUUAAAUAUUAUUGUUUAUUAACUAUUAAUCCCAUUUUAUUGCAUUAUAAUUAAACUGUAGAUAUUAUGUAUUUAGCUAAAAUGAUAUAUGCAUAAAACAAUUAAGAAGAUCUCAAUAAAUAAAUGAAAAUAGAUGAUGAGAGUGUUAGAUAAGUUAGAUAAGCAAAUGGGUAAGUUAUAAUUAAGAAUUAAGAAAUUGAUAUAUUAAAGAGACAAAUUGAAUAUUUCAAAAAACAAUAUAAUGACAUAUUACAAAAAUAAGAAAAUAAAUAAUAAUUACAUUAAUAAAUAUAAAUUUAACUUUAGAAUGUUAUUGUAGAUAUCAAAUUAAAAAUGAGUCAAACAAAAAAUAAUAAAAAUAGUAAGACUUCUUGUCCAGAAGUUUAAUUUUAUGAUAAAUUAAUUGCCUAAUUAGAAAAUCUAACAAGAAAACUUUCUCCAAUUCAAUAGGUUUUAAAUACUGAUAGAUCAAUAAGUCCUUCAAUAUAGAAUUAAUGA